GAGCCUUGAGCUUGCCAUUUCCCAGUCCGUCUCUUCUUGUGCUCCUGGUAGCAGACGAGCUUCGAGGUGGUUGGAGAAACGGGUGCUUGUGUGGUGCGUGCUGCCUUAACUGACGCAUGCUUUUCCUUCAGCCUCGUCUCCUGGUCGGGUGAACAGCAAAGUGCGAAAAGCUCAGGCAUUUACGUCUCGCCUUCGAGCAAUCCGUUUUUAGCUCAAUGUUGGUCUGCCGCUUCAAGUUGUACUGCUCUUGACGCCUGUCGGAUCGACGUGAACGAAGCCGGGAAAUGGCGGUGACUGGUAACAAGCGACAGCACGCGAGCAACAUCGCGUUCGCGAACGUUACAAACGGCGCGAGGAAGAAGAAGUGCGUCGACAUCCACUCGCUGCUAACCGUCACGAAACCAUUGUCCGCUCGGGCUUUGAGCCACGCAGGCAAGAAACAGAUGGAUAGGAAAUCACUGGGCAGCGAUCUCAUACAGUCACGCGGCGGUAGCAGCGGAGAUGUGGCCGGAGGAGGACGCGCACAGAGCCGACCUUAUAAGAACGGUAUCGGAAGAGGUGGCAACUCCGAUAAGGUUUCAAUGUUCAAGGCUACUCCGAAGUCGCAGGAGAGGAGCAAUGCGAGCAACCGUGGAUGUGGAAGCGACGAAGAACAAGGAGUGGUGGAUCUGGCUGAGGACGACGAUGAGCUGUACGAUGACGUGGACGAUGACGUGGACGAUGACGUGGAGGAUGACAUGGACGA